UCCUUCCUUCCCAUGGCGGCCGAAUAGCCCGAUCAAUCUGAUAGAUGGAGACAUGGCAUCAAAUCUCCCCAACCUGCGACGCCUCUUCGUAGACGCGCGCACGGAGGCCGAGGAGAGCGCGUACUCUCGCAAUGCCUUCUACAAUCUCGUACUGUUCAUGUCAUCCGUGGCCAUCUUCAGCCUGGUGGCGCAGAGAAUGAACGAACGGAGUUGAGCGUGCUCGGGCUCACCGGUGGCAAUGACCUGCUGUUCAAGAGGUCUCCUUUGCUAUGGCUAGAAAUCGGUG